AUGAUGUACUCGGACUGCAGAGACCUCGAGCGUUUCUACAGUGGUUUUCGGAAAUCUACGGCAAAAUCGUUAUGCGAGUUUGAAAAAAGUUUUGUAACAUUCUCAUUCUACAUCACGGGAUAUGUCUAUGAAGUAUCAAUUUUGAGUAUCCUCAUAAAUAUUCUUCAUUUGUUUAUCCUAACAAGAAAAUCAAUGAGAACUUCUUCAAUUAAUAUUUUAAUGGCUGCAGUUGCAUUAUUUGAUAUUUUCGCGUCUUUAGUACACAUUCAACUGUUUCUGGAACAAUAUAGUUAUUUAAUUUUCAAAUGCUUCCCGACAGACACCUACGGUCUAGUUUUAACCAGAACUCUGCUUAUUGUAGUGAAGGAUUUUUCGAGAAGAUGUUCAACAUGGCUUAUCGUGUUUAUUGCUCUUAUUCGAACACUAAUAAUUCGGAAUCCAUUGAGCCCCAAGCAUAUUCUGCUGGGAAAGCCAAAGGCAUCGCUUAUUGUGAUUGCUGGAAUUUGUGCAGCAAAUUUGCCCAUUUCGAUCUUCAAGUUUUUCGAAAUCCAGUUUGUUUUUGUGACAAUAAGUAAACAUCAUUGUGCUCCUGAAGGAUCAUAUUAUUUUAUUGCUUCAUCAGAACUUUUCCUGAGAGACAAUGGAUUUCUAGCGAAAUACUUCAAUUUUUUCAAUUCAUUUAUGUCAGAUAUGAUUCCAUGCAUUCUACUUCCAAUAGUUACUUGUUUACUUGUUAUGGAUUUAUUGAAAACAAGAAAAAAGUGCAGAGCAAGAAUCUCUGCCAAAAACAACAAUUCUCGGGGUAAAACUGGACUAGUGUUUUGUGUAGCCAUAAUGUUUUUCAUCGUUGAAUUUCCAUUUGGGUUAAGCGUGGGAUCCGCUUGGCUCUUCAUGAGUUCUCCCGGCGUACAGAAUAUUUUGAAUUUCUUUGGAUACAUGUUUACCGUCUUGAUCAGCGUCAACGCUUGUACGCAUCUCAUAGUUUGUCUCAUCGUGUCUUCCCAGUAUCGUAGUACAGCCAUUUCCGUUCUGUCAUGUGGAUAUAUUAGUCAGAGAGCGAAAGUUGAAAGGAGAACCCAAGCUUUUUCUUCCACUCAGACAACCUAA